GCCGAGGAAUCGGGACUCGGGAGCCGGCGCCGCAGGAGGUCCCAGCGGCCGAGGCCGAGGCACCCAGGCGUGGAGGUGGGGGGCUGAGGCCCCCCGAGGGGGCCCCCCGCUGCGAUGGGCAACCUGGAGAGCGCCGAGGGGGGUCCGGGCGAGCCGCCCUCGGUCCCGUUGCUGCUGCCGCCCGGCAAGAUGCCGAUGCCCGAGCCCUGCGAGCUGGAGGAGAGAUUCGCCCUGGUGCUGAGCUCCAUGAACCUGCCUCCUGACAAGGCCCGGCUCCUGCGGCAGUAUGACAAUGAGAAGAAGUGGGAUCUGAUCUGUGAUCAGGAACGGUUCCAAGUCAAGAAUCCUCCCCAUACCUACAUCCAGAAACUUCAGAGCUUCUUGGACCCCAGUGUAACUCGGAAGAAGUUCAGGAGGAGAGUACAGGAAUCAACCAAAGUCCUGAGGGAGCUGGAGAUCUCACUUCGUACCAAUCACAUUGGGUGGGUGCGGGAAUUUCUCAAUGAUGAAAACAAAGGCCUGGAUGUACUGGUGGAUUACUUGUCAUUUGCUCAGUGUUCCGUCAUGUUUGACUUUGAGUGUCUGGAGAGUGGUGAUGAUGGUGCAUUUGACAAGCUCCGGUCCUGGAGCAGGUCGAUCGAGGACCUGCAGCCGCCCAGCGCCCUGUCGGCCCCCUUCACCAACAGCCUCGCUCGCUCUGCGCGCCAGUCUGUGCUCCGGUAUAGCACUCUUCCUGGCCGCAGGGCCCUGAAGAACUCCCGCCUCGUGAGCCAAAAGGAUGAUGUCCACGUCUGUAUCCUUUGUCUCAGAGCCAUAAUGAACUAUCAGUAUGGCUUCAACCUGGUAAUGUCCCAUCCUCACGCUGUCAAUGAGAUUGCACUCAGCCUCAACAACAAGAAUCCAAGGACCAAAGCCCUGGUCUUGGAACUCCUGGCAGCUGUGUGUUUGGUACGGGGAGGUCAUGAAAUAAUCCUUGCUGCCUUUGACAAUUUCAAAGAGGUGUGCAAGGAGAUGCACCGCUUUGAGAAACUGAUGGAGUAUUUCCGGAAUGAAGACAGUAACAUUGACUUCAUGGUGGCCUGUAUGCAGUUCAUCAACAUUGUCGUACACUCAGUGGAGGACAUGAACUUCCGGGUCCACCUGCAAUAUGAGUUUACCAAGCUGGGGCUGGAGGAGUUCCUUCAGAAGUCAAGGCACACGGAGAGUGAGAAGCUGCAAGUGCAGAUUCAGGCAUACUUGGACAACGUGUUUGAUGUUGGAGGGUUGUUGGAGGAUGCUGAGACCAAAAAUGUAGCCCUGGAGAAGGUGGAGGAGCUCGAAGAGCAUGUGUCCCAUCUCACAGAGAAGCUUGUGGACCUGGAGAAUGAAAACAUGAUGCGAGUGGCAGAGCUAGAGAAGCAGCUGUUGCAGCGGGAAAAGGAGCUGGAGAGCAUCAAGGAGACCUAUGAGAACACAAGCAACCAGGUGCACACACUCCGGCGGCUCAUUAAGGAGAAGGAGGAGGCCUUCCAACGCCGAUGCCACCUGGAACCAAGUGCCCGGGGCCUAGAGCCCAUGGGUGGUAAUGAGGCCCUGGCCAGGGUAGGACCUGCAGAGCUGAGUGAGAGCACACUGCCCUCCAGCCUGGACCUGCUGGCUCCAGCCCCACCUGCUGAGGAAGCCCUUCCUUUGCCCCCUCCACCGGCUCCACCUUUGCCCCCUCCACCUCCCCCAUUACCAGAUAAGUGUCCCCCUGCCCCACCACUCCCUGGUGCUCCUUCUGUGGUGUUGACCGUGGGCCUGUCAGCCAUUCGCAUUAAGAAACCUAUCAAGACCAAGUUCCGACUGCCAGUCUUCAACUGGACAGCACUAAAACCCAAUCAAAUCAACGGCACUGUCUUCAGUGAACUUGAUGAUGAGAAGAUCUUAGAGGAUCUGGACCUAGACAAAUUUGAAGAGUUGUUUAAGACAAAAGCCCAGGGACCUUCCCUUGACCUCAUCUGCUCCAAGAAUAAGACAGCACAAAAGGCUGCCAGCAAGGUGACCCUUUUGGAAGCCAAUCGUGCCAAGAACCUGGCCAUCACUCUCCGCAAGGCUGGCCGCUCAGCAGAGGAGAUCUGCAGGGCCAUCCACACGUUUGACCUGCAGACACUACCUGUGGACUUCGUGGAGUGCUUGAUGCGCUUCCUGCCCACUGAGGCCGAGGUGAAGCUACUACGGCAGUAUGAGCGCGAGCGUCAGCCCCUCGAGGAGCUGGCCGCUGAAGACCGCUUCAUGCUGCUCUUCAGCAAGGUGGAGCGACUGACCCAGCGAAUGGCUGGCAUGGCCUUUCUGGGCAACUUCCAGGACAAUCUGCAGAUGCUCACACCGCAACUGAAUGCCAUCAUUGCAGCCUCUGCCUCUGUCAAAUCCUCACAGAAGCUGAAGCAAAUGCUGGAGAUCAUACUUGCACUGGGGAACUACAUGAACAGCAGCAAGCGGGGAGCUGUGUAUGGCUUCAAGCUCCAGAGUCUGGAUCUGCUGCUGGAUACGAAGUCCACUGACCGGAAAAUGACACUGCUGCACUUCAUCGCUUUGACAGUGAAGGAGAAAUACCCAGACCUGGCUAACUUCUGGCAUGAGCUUCACUUUGUGGAGAAGGCUGCAGCAGUGUCCCUGGAGAAUGUGCUACUAGAUGUGAAAGAGUUGGGCCGAGGCAUGGAACUGAUUCGGCGGGAAUGCAGCAUUCAUGACAACAGCGUCCUUCGAAGUUUCCUUAGUACCAAUGAAGGCAAACUGGACAAGCUCCAGCGUGAUGCCAAGACUGCUGAGGAGGCCUACAAUGCUGUUGUACGCUACUUUGGCGAGAGUCCUAAGACUACACCUCCUUCUGUAUUUUUCCCAGUAUUUGUCCGGUUUAUUCGUUCUUACAAGGAAGCAGAACAAGAAAAUGAAGCCCGCAAGAAGCAGGAGGAAGUAAUGCGGGAGAAGCAACUGGCUCAGGAAGCCAAGAAGCUGGAUGCCAAGACUCCAUCCCAGCGGAACAAAUGGCAACAGCAGGAGCUAAUUGCAGAGUUGAGGCGGCGCCAAGCUAAGGAGCACCGGCCUGUUUAUGAAGGGAAGGAUGGUACCAUUGAGGACAUCAUCACAGUGUUGAAGAGUGUCCCUUUCACGGCCCGUACUGCCAAGCGGGGCUCACGCUUCUUCUGUGAUGCAGCCCACCACGAUGAGUCAAACUGUUAACCCCCAAGGCUGGGGUCCCUAAAAGGCCUCCAUUGCCAGCCCAUUAUCGUUUGCCAUCAAGCCCGGAGUGCUGGACCACCCAGUGGCCCUCCUCGGGCUCCUGGUCCCCACUGAGAUCUCUUUUGAGGCAGAAGCACAACUCUCAAGUCCUUCAAGUCUGGACAGUGGACCUGAAGCCUGGGGCCCUGUUGAAAGCUAUGCUGCUCUCUCAGCCUUGGCUAACGCAGCUCUGAGGCUGGAUCUUACCUGUGCCACUGUGGGCUCUAGGUCUGUGGGGGCCUGACACUUCCCUAGUGCCUCCCAGAGUGUAUUUUGCCUCCUUUUCCUGAAGGGUCAAAUCAGGUCUGGGAAAAAGUGCUUCUAGCUUUAGCCUUCACAGGAGUACUGUGGCCUUUUCCCCACUAGGGCUCAAUGGGAUGAGAGGAGAGAGGAGAGGAGAGGAGAAUGCUACUCUCCCAUCCUUUUUCCUUCCUUUUUAAAAUUUUUUUCUUAUUUUUUUGAAGUCUCAUGGUAAGCUUUGGUCUACAAGAAUCCAGGCUCUGAAAUUUCUUAUACUCUGCCAAUCUGAGAUCAUCUCACGAGGAGUUAAGGACCUUCUAUGCGUUUGUGAAAAGGGCAGAGGAGCAAUGCCAGGCCCACUGCCCCCUUCCCUUUGGCCUCAUCCACACUAGGCAGCUGCUGACCUUCCUGCAGUAGGCUGAAGAGCAAAGGUGCUUUCUGUCAGUCCAAGGCUGCUCCAGUGUGCCAGUCAUCUCUUCACUUAGGUGGGAUUUGGCAGGGGACAAGAGGCAUGAAGGGUCUUCAUAGACUAUUUGUUCAGUUCCCUACCAGCUUCUUAGACUCUGUAAAGGAAUGUGGGAGCCACUUCCUUUUGUACAUGUACAACUUCCCUCUUCUCUUGUACAUAAACCCCUAAUUAUCCCUCAACAAAGGCUUGAAGCACCA